CAUCUUCCUCUAACCCCAAGCCCAGCCAGUUUGCUUACUUUGUUUCUUCCUGAAGUCCAACUUCACAUUUCUUCUUACUCCUCUUCGUCUCUGUGCAAAUCCAUGGCUGCUCCUUCUUUUGAUUCCUUACCUUCUGUCAACAAAGCUUGGAUUUACUCCGAUUAUGGCAACUCUUCCGAUAUCUUGAAGCUUGACCCCAACGUACCAGUUCCUCAACCCAAAGAAGACCAGGUUCUCAUCAAGGUUGUGGCUGCCUCCCUCAAUCCUAUUGAUUUCAAGAGAAUGCACGGCCUUUUAAAAGCUGUUGAUGAUCUACCUAUUGUUCCGGGUUGGGAUGUUGCUGGUGUGGUGGUAAAGGUGGGAAGCCAAGUAAAGAAAUUCAAGGUCGGGGAUGAAGUUUAUGGAGAUAUCAAUGAGACAGGUACAGUAAAACCGGAAAAGUUUGGUACUUUGGCUGAGUACACUGCUGCAUCAGAGAAAGUUUUGGCUCUGAAACCAAAGAAUCUGAGCUUUGUGGAAGCUGCUAGUCUUCCCUUAGCUAUGGAGACUGCCUAUGAGGGUCUUGAACGAGGUGGACUUGCUCCUGGUAAAUCCGUUCUCGUUCUAGGAGGUGCUGGUGGAGUUGGAACUCACAUUAUUCAGCUUGCGAAACAUGUUUUCGGUGCAUCGAAAGUGGCUGCUACAGCCAGCACAGCGAAAUUGGGCAUGUUGAGGAGCUUGGGUGCUGAUUUGGCUAUUGAUUACACCAAAGAGAAUGUUGAGGACCUUCCUGAGAAAUUUGAUGUGGUGUUUGAUACCGUUGGCCAAGUUGACCGAGCUGUUAAGGUCCUGAAAGAGGGCGGAAAGAUUGUGACAAUUGUAGGCCCUGCACCUGAAGCAAUCUUCUUUUUUCUGAAUUCAACUGCCACUACAUUGGAGAAGCUGGAGCCUUACUUAGAGAGUGGUAAGGUGAAGCCAUUGAUUGAUCCCAAAGGCCAGUUCCCAUUUUCCAAGACCGUGGAAGCAUAUUCCUACCUUGAGACUUCCAGAGCUACAGGAAAGAUUGUAAUCCACCCCAUCCCCUAAGUAGAAAGCUUGAAACUAUCCGUAUGCUGUAUCAAAUUUUAAUUCCUUGUUUGUUUGUUAACAUCGGCUAGAGAAAAAAAUAAAUAAACUAUUUGUAACUUUGUGAAGAUGAAUAAUUUGAGUUUGAGUUUUUUCACAACUUUCAACAUUAUUUAUGUAUUUCAGUAUAAACUGGUGGACAUCCCAUUUGUUUAAAUGAAUAUAUAAUGAAUUGGGUC